UGAGUGUAAGAACGGAGGCCGUCUGUUUUCCUUUUUAAUAUUAUUUUACUUUCUGUUGGUGUUUAAUGUGCUGCGGAAAGGAAUCCCGCACUGCGUAAAGAUUUGCAUUUAAUUCCAAUACAAGAAAAUAUAGAAAGAAGCAAGUGGAAGUGUCGGAGAGUUUUCUAUCCUUUAGGUAGAUUUAUUUUAUUUUUUUUAUUUUCACAGCAAGGCUUUUAAAAUCACAAGAAGUUUACCUUCACAGCUCUCUGGACUGGAUAUUAUCGACUUAUCGACUGGAAAUAGUUUUUGUGAAAUCAAUCAAUUCAGACCGGGGUGUUUUAUUUUCUUCACGCAUCCUUUACCCUACCCGAAUGGCUUCGGGGUCGGGCAUCUAAUCACGGCUCUGCUGUAUAUGAUCAGACAGCGGGACUCGAUCGGAGAAAACUUGAGGGAUUUCUAUUUUCUACCAGUCACUUGGAAACUAUAAAAGGAACGACAAAACUAUAGGAGAAAUAUUUCACAUCUCUUCGACCUCGUCUGCUAAUUUGACAAGAAGCUCCAGCCUAGUGACGAGCUGCAGGAAAAAAAACAAACAAAAAAAACAAACAAAAACAAAACAUGCCUCAAAAAGGGAAUUAUUAACUAGUGUGACGCAGAUGAGAGUCUAUAUAUUGUUAUAAGCGGACAGUCAACUGUUUCCAGAAUACUAUAACCGGACCACGUGGGAGUCUGGUGUAGCGUCCAUGAUGCAAAACAAGGUGUCUGACAUCUGUAAAGAAGGUCACAGCGGGGUGAACCAGCUCGGCGGCGUGUUCGUUAACGGCAGACCACUGCCCGAUUCCACUAGGCAGAAAAUCGUGGAGCUCGCGCACAGCGGCGCCCGCCCCUGCGACAUAUCCCGGAUUCUGCAGACCCAUGCCGAUGCAAAAGUCCAAGUGCUGGACAAUGAAAACGUGUCAAAUGGAUGCGUGAGCAAGAUCUUGGGCAGGUACUACGAAACAGGCUCGAUCAGACCGCGCGCGAUCGGCGGAAGUAAACCACGAGUGGCCACACCUGAGGUGGUCAGCAAAAUCGCCCAGUUUAAGAGGGAGUGCCCGUCCAUUUUCGCGUGGGAAAUCCGGGACAGACUGCUCUCCGAGGGCAUCUGCACGAACGACAACAUACCGAGCGUGUCGUCCAUAAACCGAGUGCUGCGCAACCUGGCUAGCGAGAAGCAACAGAUGGGAGCAGAUGGCAUGUAUGAGAAGCUGAGGAUGCUGAACGGACAGACGGGAGCGUGGGGGACCCGGCCGGGCUGGUACCCCGGAUCAUCGGUGCCAGGACAACAGAACCAAGAAGGCUGCCAGCAGUCAGACGGAGGUGGUGAGAACACAAACUCCAUCAGCUCGAACGGGGAAGACUCGGACGAGGCCCAGAUGCGACUCCAGUUAAAGAGAAAACUGCAAAGGAACCGCACUUCUUUCACCCAAGAGCAGAUAGAGGCGCUUGAGAAAGAGUUUGAAAGAACGCAUUAUCCGGACGUUUUUGCCCGUGAGAGACUUGCGGCGAAAAUCGACUUACCAGAGGCCAGAAUACAGGUAUGGUUCUCAAACAGAAGAGCAAAAUGGAGGAGGGAGGAAAAGCUGAGGAAUCAGAGACGCCAAGCCAAUAACUCCACCAGUCACAUACCAAUCAGUAGCAGCUUUAGCACAAGCGUCUAUCAGCCGAUCCCUCAGCCGACAACGCCAGUGUCCUUCACAUCAGGCUCCAUGUUGGGACGGUCAGACACGGCGCUCACCAACACGUACAGCGCCCUCCCACCAAUGCCAAGCUUCACAAUGGCCAACAACCUCCCUAUGCAAGCAAGCCAAACCUCAUCCUACUCCUGCAUGCUGCCCACCAGUCCUUCGGUGAAUGGGCGGAGCUACGAUGCAUACACGCCCCCUCACAUGCAGGCACACAUGAACAGCCAAUCGAUGGCCACCUCGGGCACAACCUCGACGGGUUUAAUCUCGCCUGGAGUGUCUGUACCGGUACAAGUGCCAGGCAGUGAACCUGACAUGUCCCAAUAUUGGCCCAGGCUACAGUGAAGGGAACUGAGGAGUGCAGAGAAACAGACGCGACCUCCUGGCCUCUCUCAGCUGCAAGGCGAAGCGGUUCAGCAGUAUUUCACUACACGACAGAGAAGCGGCUCUAAAAAGGACCUGUGUUCUUUUGUAUGGGGAUAGUGCCAUUUCUCUAGCGUUCUCUGGACAGAAAGACUCGAAGAAAGAAAGAGCACCGAAAGAGAACGGACUCUGUGUAAAGUGCCCUGUGUUAUAUCGUUAAAAAAAAAAAAAAAAAUGGAACAAAAAUUCUCUUUUCAGUUUCCAGUCAUUCUGAUGUAUUUGUAAAUGGCCAAUUGUAUGUUAUGACAUAAAAAGAAAUGAACAGCUGUGGAUGGACUGUCAAACCAAGUCGUUCUGGCGAUCCGUGGAAGGAGCGACAUUCACGCGAGCAUUUCUGCCGUGCUUUUCUUUUUGUUCCAUUAUCAGUUUAUAUCAAGGACUUCUGAACGUCUUUGUAAUGAUUGUGGACCUGUAGUAACAACAGUUUUGUUCCAAGGCAACCAUGACUACACACAGUUUACAAGAAGCCAAUUCAUUUCGUUUCCAAAGCUUGCUGGCAGAAAAAAAAGUAUAUGUGGAACGCUUUGAAUGCUGAAUCAGAAAUGAAAAAGAAAAAAAAACAAACAAACAAACAAACAAAAAAAAAUCCUUUUGGUAACUUUUGGUUAAAACAG